CAGUGCAACCCGGUUACAAGGUGCAACCGGUUGCUCCCAAGUUUUCGCGAGUGAUGAAUUUGAGACGACUAAGCAUACUCCUCUGCUCCAACUUCCCCGAAGCAUCACUCGGCUUCCGUGCAGGAGAGACGGUGCCAUGGACGAGCCAACUAGGAAACGGCAAAAAAUAGACGAGACUCGGAAUGCGAGUAGGCAAAUUGAGGUAUUUAGGGCAUCCGCUUCUGCUAGUUAUUCGGAUUCCAACGGUAGGGAACUCGAUCCUUCUAAGAGUGAUGAAUCUGGUGGUGAUGGGAGUGAGACGCGCGACGGUGCGAGGAGGGAUGCAAAUGGGGUUAAUGGGGCAAUUAUUGGGGAUUUAGGGGGAGUUAAUGAAUUAGGCGGUGGUAAGAGAGAGAUGAACAAGAAUGGCGACGGUGAGGGGAGGGAUGUGAAUAAGAAUAACUGGCCGAUGUUUAGUGAUCUUGGUGGGUAUAAUAUAAGGAAUAGGAUUGGAAAAUUUCGGGAGGUGAUUGUGCCACUGCAUCAGUGGAAGUUACUACGCCACUUUGGAGCCGUACCUAUGACAGCAAUUCUGUUGCACGGGCCACCGGGGUGUGGGAAAACCGCAAUGGCCCGAGCCUUGGGCAAUGAGGCUGGAGUGCCGUUCUAUGAAACAUCUGCUGCUGCAUUGAUGCCUGGUGUUUCUGGUAUCCUAGAAUUGUUCUGCAGAGCAUACAUGAAAGCACCAUCUAUUGUGUUCAUUGAUGAACUUGAUGCAUUGAUUUCAGAAAUGGGAAGUUUGAGACCAUGCCCAGUAAAACAGUUGAUGGCUUGUAUGGAUGAACGUGAACCUGUAAAUGACGGUUCUGAUUCUGAAAGUGGACCUGGCUAUGUGCUGAUGAUUGGAGCAACCAGUAAACCUGAUGCUCUUGACCCUGCCUUAAGGCGGCGGUUUAAUCGUGAAUUUUAUAUAGGUGUUCCAGAGAACAUUGAACGUUAUGACAUACUAUCUGUUCUAACACGUAAUCUUAAGGUUGAAGUUGGUUUUGAUCUUUUAAAGUUAGCUGGGUGGACUCGGGGUUUUGUAGCAGGAGAUUUGGUAGCACUAGUAAAAGAGGCUCGUAUGGUUGCUGUCAAAAGUGCCAUUUACAAGAGAGUAUUUGAGGAUAGGGAAGAGCAGAGUUUUGACGUUUUGUUUAGAGAAAGAUCCAGAAAAGCAUUUUCAGAUGAAGAACUGGAGAACCUCAGCUUGACCAUGGGCCAUUUUGUGGAAGCUGGUUCGAUGGUUCAGCCUUCUGCUGAAAUGGAAGGUUUUUCCACUACACCAUAUACAAAAUGGGAUGAUGUUGGAGGCCUUCAAUUGUUGAAAUUGGAGUUUGAACGCUGUGUAGUUAAGCCUAUAAAGUUUCCUCUAGUUUAUCAGGAUUUUCAACUGCCCUUGCAUGACACCAUUUUCCUUUAUGGUCCUUCUGGCUGUGGAAAGACUUUGAUUGUCAAGGCUUUGGCUAAAGAAGCAGGAGCUAAUUUCAUGCAUAUCUGGGUUCUCUCUCUGGCCCGUGAACUACCGAACUUUGGCGAUCAGAGCGAUUUGGUGGUGCAAAAUAUUUUCAGUUAUGCAAGAACUCACCCUCCAUGUAUAGUUUUCUUUGAUCAGUUGGACGUAAUGACCUCAUGUGGUGAUGAAGACAGAGACAGAGACAAAGACAGAGGCAAAGGCAAAGGCGAAGGCAAAGGUGAAGACGAAGACAAAGCCGAAGACGAUGACGAAGAAGACGAUGAUGAUGGAAUUGGAUGGUGCGAUUGGCCGUGGCCGGACUUUAGACAGCUAAUAUCCAAGAUCGCUGGUUUUACGACGACUACGAGAGGUGUUUACGUGAUUGGUGCAUCAAGUAGGCCAGAGAUCAUGAGUCAUACCCUGCCCAUCAAAAAUUAUUUUGAAAGUGUUGUGUAUGUUCCUCUUCCUACUCCAGAAGAAAGAGGAGCAAUAUUGAAAGCUCUUGCUCGAGACAAGCCAAUAGAUGCCAAUGUGGACCUGAUGGCCCUAGGAAAAGAUGUUGCUUGUGAAAAUUUCAGCGGCGCUGAUCUAUGGCGAUUGAUGAGAAAAGCUGCUCAGUUUGCCAUUGAUCGACCAUCGUUGUCCUGUGGGGGUUGUGUGACCAUCAAAGAUGCAGAUUUCAAGAGGGCGUUGGCGAAAGUCUCCCCUUCUCUCUCGUGCACGGAACUCAAGAACUGGGAGCUUCAUGCGGAGAAGAUACAAGUUGACUUCCCUAUGUGAUUAUAUAUGUAUGUGUGUGAAUGUGGUGAGUUUUCAUCGCAUCGUUUUGAGCAAUGUUAGUAACGUCACAAAUAUUUGUGUAAGACCAGAUCGAAAUGUCUGUACUUGAAUAUUUGUAGUUUUGUUAGUAUUUGGAUUCUGGUAUAGAUAUUGUUGGACUAAUAGUCGGAAAA